AUGGGCUGGUUCGAGUACUACUUCCCGUGCUUUGCCUCGUACAGCCCCGCGGCGAAGGAAGGCGGCGACGCUUCUGAAGGCGACCGCCUCAUUCCGCCCGCUCGCGAACGCGCACAGUCGAUUACUUCGCAGGAAGGGUACGGCACCAUGAGCAUGUCCUCCCAACCUCCGGUGACCUCCGUCAACACGAACGCUGCCACCUUGACGGAGCAGCAGCGCGAGCGCAUGGCCGAGAUCAGUCGGGCCGCAGGCAACCAUAUGCGGCCGAUUGGCAACUACAUCGCUGGAACCGGACGUAGCAUCAAGGUCGGAACGAACAGCGGACGAUCCGUGUCCCCUUCGCCCUCGGACUGCUCGCGCUCGCCCUCGCCCGCAUCGUCGCGCCGAUCCCCUGAGCGACGUCUGAGCUCCCCUAGCCCUCCCCCUUCUUCCACCAACAGCUCUGCUUCAGGCAAUGGAAGCCCCGAGGUCGUGCGCAAAUCGAUCUUUGGCCUCGACGGCCCCGUCAUGGCUGGUGGCAGCCAGCGACGCCGCUCGUCUGGCCCGAAGCGCAAGGCCGCCGCCAAGCGAGGAUAA